AUGGUUCCACGCGGUGCUCUUCUCGCAGUACAACCGAAACGUCGGACUUUUUUGACAACCCGUCGCUGCUUCAUCUGCUUGCUGUGUAGGCAAUUCGGAUCUUUCUCUGCUACCAGAAAGAAUGUCGCGAAGACUAAGCACCAAUUGCGCGUCAACCUUACUUCGCCGUGGAUGCUCUGGAAAUCGGAGAAAGGACAAGGCAAAGCGUCGCGAGAUCUUUUCACGCUUACGGGACGUCGGUCGAGUGCAUGCACCAGAAGCGGACAUGCGCCCAGUGCUACCGCAUCGCGCCCUUCUUUUGAAGUCAGUGGCGCCAGCAGGCCCUCCGUUUGA